CGCGCACAAUUCUGUCCGUCAUAGAAGGCAAAGGGAGCAGAGCAGCCGGUUCUUUCUUUCUCAGCCACCAACACGAGCAAUCCACUGCAGCACUGAGAAGGCAUCCUUUACAGAUCGAGCAACACUUCUCACCAUCCGUUCCUCCAUACUCUCUAGAAUUGUCCAUCUGCAAGGCGGUGGGAAUCCAGCAAGGUUGACGGCCUGUGAGUCCGUGGGGCAUGUCGACCCUUCGCUUUGGACAGCAUUUCAUCAAGGCCUCGGCUGUGUUCCUGCAGACAGAGCUGUCCUUUGCUCUGGUCAACAGGAAGCCUGUGGUGCCCGGACAUGUGUUGGUAUGUCCUCUGAGACCUGUGGAGCGUUUUCGGGAUCUUCAGCCUGAUGAAAUGGCAGACUUAUUCAGCACCACUCAGAGAGUCGCUAACCUGGUGGAGAAGCACUUCAACGGCACCUCGCUCACCAUCGCCAUCCAGGAUGGCCCUGAAGCCGGACAAACCGUGAAGCAUGUCCACGUCCAUGUGAUGCCCAGGAAGGCGGGGGAUUUUGAGUGGAAUGACAGCGUCUAUGAUGAGCUCCGUUUCCUAGCGUGUUCAGUCUGCCCUGUUUGUUUCACUGCUCCCAGGGAUUUCAAUCCAUCCCGAACAGAAAGACGCGCCUCACGAUUAAGCAUCACAGCUCGCUGCCUGCAGGGAAGCUUGGCUUUUAAAUGCAUUCCCUGUAAUGUCCUGUUGACAGCACUUGCCAGUGAUGAAACGGUUAAUUGUUUCCCAGACUGUGGGAUGUAUCGAGGUUAUUUAGCGCAGCAUAUGGAAAAGACUAUCACAUUGUUGUACUAUUUUUGCAUCUUGUCCACAUUUCAGCAGAUUGAUUAAAAAACUUGCUCUUUGUCAUCUCCUCUCUCCUCAAACAUCUUUACCUCACCCCUCUCAAUAUGCUAAUUUAGUUGUACUCACCCAGGACCUGUGGUAAAUUGCCCAAUGAAGAAGGAACCAUCUGAUGUGUUGCCGUUCACUCGAGCCUUUACAGCUUGAACUCAAUUUUCGUUGUUAGUUAAGUGUGAGUGUAGUUCAGAAGAUGUCAGGGAAAGUGUUGAUUUACGCCUCAUUUAGCAUGCAAAUAUAUGUAUGAAACCUGAGCUGUGAUUGGCAUCAUAAUUCAAAUAAGUUCUUCAUCACAGAAUUUACUGUUUGUCUCUUUGAAUCUGUCUGCGUUGAUAAAGAGGCACUACUCUCACU